AGAAGAAGGGGAAAGUGGAAUAAUGUGGGAAAGGGGGGGUGGAAGUGGGAAUAGAGGUGGAAUUGUGGACUUCAGAGCUAUUCAGAGUUAUUCCAUGCCCUCUCCUGCAAUUUUUGUAAAAGAGGAAGGAAGUUCGAGAUCAAGUAACACCAUCUCCGCCGUGACGGCGGCCACAACGGCGGCUACAAUGACGACAGCAGUUUCCGGCGAGGAGAGAACAAGAAGAAGAUACAGAGGAGUAAGACAAAGGCCAUGGGGAAAAUGGGCUGCCGAAAUUCGUGACCCUCAGAAAGCCGCCCGUGUCUGGCUCGGCACUUUCGACACUGCAGAGGCCGCCGCCCGAGCCUACGACGGCGCCGCCUUGCGCUUCCGUGGCAGCAAAGCCAAGCUCAACUUCCCUGAAUUCGUCUCUGUCUUUCCACCGUCGUCUUUGCCGCCGGCCACCCAUUUGGCGCCGUCUCCAGUGGUGGCUCCGCCGCAAGAUGUCCCCGGAAACUAUCUACAGUAUUCUCAUUUGGUUCAGAACUCCGCCGAGACCUCCAGCCAGCCUGCGCCGACUUUUGAGAGGGUGCUCUGUAAUUCGCCAUUUGUGAAUCCAUCCUCUUCGGUUUCUUCUUCUGGCAUUUCGAAUUUUGCUUUUCCAUUCCCUCAACAGCAGCUUAGAUACUACCGGCCACCGGAAAAUCAGAGCCAAGGGGGCGGGGAUUCUUCGAUGCCGUCGCCGACGGGAUUAAUCUAUCGUCCUCCGGCGACCGGUUGACGGUUUAUGAUUGGACAAUUGAAAUCUUGUAGUGCCCACUGCCACUAAAAUUUGAAAGUUAUUUAAUAUUUAAAAACAAAAAAACAAAAAAAACAAAAAAACAAAAAUUACAAUUUUUUAGAAUGUGAGGGUUAAAAACAUUUUGCUGCCUCAACUUCAAUAGCAAUAGAAGUAUUAAUUUAAUCCUUAUAUUUAAAUUUGUAAUAAUUCAGAUCUUUAAUAAGUUGGAUUCAGGAUUCAGUUUUUAUA